AUGAAUUACAACCAUGGCGACUUUCAAGGCCGAAGCAACGCGGUGCUGGCCGUCAGCAUCAGCAUGGUGGCGCUAUCAACCACAUUCGUCUUUUUCCGCUUGCUGUCAAGAUUUGCGAUUGUCAAGAAAGUCGCUGCCGAUGACUAUUUCAUGAUCCUGGCUUGGCUGAUCGCCUGUGGAUUGACGAUAGCCAUAUGCUUUGGAUGCGCAUGGGGGCUUGGACGACACGAGUGGAAUGUGCCUGAGAUAUGGCAGACGACACAGCGCAAAGCAACAUAUGCUUUCACGGUCCUAUACCAGCCCGCAUUGAUGGCGAUCAAAACGUCGAUCUUGACCUUCUACCUGAGCUUCUCCACGACACAUCGGAUCUUCAAAUGGGCGUGCAUUGCAACACUCUUCGCUGUGAAUGCUGGUGGUCUUGCACUGACCUUGCUCACGGUCUUCCAGUGCAUGCCCAUUCGUGCCGCCUUCGACAUAAUGGUACCAGCCAAUGCACACUGCACGGAUAUCGUUACGAUCUAUCUCUCAUCCGCGCCACUCAACCUGAUCACGGACUUCGCGAUCCUCUUCCUGCCGAUGCCAAUUCUAACCGGCAUGCGCCUACCGAAGAAACAGAAGAUCAUCCUCAUCAUUACGUUCGGCAUGGGUAUCUUCGUGACAGCGGUGGAUGUAGUACGAAUCGCGUACUUGCAAUCUGCGGCUCAGACUCGCCUGUCGGAGAUCAGUUCGGGCUCGCCUGAUGCAGGGGCACCAGAAGCUGCAAGGACGGACUUCAGCUAUUAUGUCUCAUUCAGCUUCAUGUGGUCAGUGGUCGAGGUCAAUCUUGGGAUCAUGUGCGCUUGUGUGCCAGGUCUCAAGCCACUAAUUGCACGCUUCCUACCUCUCAUGCUUCGAGACCCGGACGACGCAGCAUCAGUGGCCGGUUCCAUCUCUGCUCAAGGAGGGACUGCAAACAUGGCGAACCUCCACCGCAUUCCGUCUAUGCCACAUCCAACCUCACCGCCAGAGGUGCAUCCUCGAGAUUUUGGCAGCAUGUCGCAGACCUCUGACGAUGGUCCAAUGGGCAUGAUGGACUUCCUGACAACUCCAGAAACGCCCGAAUUUCCAUCCCACCUGGAGCGAACGCAGACAGCAUUAACGAAUACUUCGAGAAACACGAGGCCGGACACCCCGACAUUCUUUGACUUCGUGAACAUGAAGGGCCGGAAGUCCAUGGUGCACAUGACAACCAGAGAAUCUCUCUUUCCAGUGUCCAUGGUGACCGUGCUUUUCUUCGUUUGGGGAUUCGAAUACGGACUGCUUGAUGUGCUCAAUGCGCAAUUCCAGCGUAUUUCACAUAUGACUCCAGGUCAGAGUACGAGUAUACAUUCCGCAUACUGGGCCGGCUACCUCUUUGGACCACCAACCGUAGGUCGACUGGUUUUGAAGCACUGGGGUUUCAAGGCCUGCUUCAGUGUUGGCCUGAGCAUCUUCGCAUGUGGUACCCUGAUAUACUGGCCUGCCGCUGUACUUACGUCCUUUCCGGCUUUCGUGAUCACCAACUUUAUCGUUGCCUUUGGACUGUCGGUCCUCGAAGUCUCCGCCAAUCCUUUUAUCGCACUUUGCGGACCUCAGCAGUACUCCGAAGUGAGACUCAAUCUGUGUCAGGGUAUCCAGGCAAUCGGAAGCAUAGUGGCGCCACUGAUCGCAAGUCGAGCAUUUGUGCAUCGAUCGUUCCAUGCACCAUCUCUGGUCGACACUCAAUGGGCGUAUCUAGGGAUUAGUCUGGCUACGAUCUUCCUUGCCGUUGCAUAUCACUAUGUGCCACUUCCCGAAGCCACGGACGCAGAACUCGAAGAUGCAUCGGAGCGUAUGGAUGGAGCGAACAGGGCAACAGUCGGCAACAUGAAGAUUAUCUGGCUUAUUCUCGGCAUGGCCACAGUCAGUCAAUUCUGUUACGUUGGUGGUCAAGAAGUCAAUGCAACAACUUUUGCGGCAUAUCUUAUCUUCAUUGCUCCGAAGCUUGACGAGUCGAAUUGGCUUGCAGUUGUACACACCACGUUUGCGGCUUCGAGGUUCUUGGCUGCAGGCUUAGGUCUCUUCAUCAAGCCGAGAGUUUUGCUACUUGGCUUCUUCCUCUUGGCGAUUCUCUUCGAUGCACUGGCAAUGAACUACGUUGGUGGGAACGGCAUCGCUAUGAUGUCCAUGACCUUCUUCAUGGAAGGUCCAAUCUUCUCACUCAUCUUCGCGCAGUCGUUGCGUGGUAUGGGUCGACACACGAAGCUGGCGAGCGUCCUACUCACAACGGCUUGCAGCGGCGGCGCUGUGUUCUCACCCAUCUCGAACUACAUCAGCAGUACUCAGAAACGCCCUACGUACAGCUUGGUUGUGGCCAUUGCUGCGUUCGCCGGCGGGACCGUCUUUGCAAUUUGGCUGAACAUCAGCUCGAAAGCUAGAGCUGUGGUUGAUCCUGUCAAGGAUCUCACAACGUCGCCUGGAAGUAGUGAGAGGAGGCCUGGCUCAACCGACAGUCAUACGAGCCGUGCCUUGAGCUUCUUCAGCAUACGGAAGAAGGCGACGACCACUUCCACUGAAGCUGAAUGGAAAGAGCAGAAGACUGAAGAGCUUCGCGAUCAUGGAUAA